AUGGCUUUCUCCCCUGGCACAUGGCCGGUGAUCACUACUACAAUCUUGCUGGCAUGGGCGGCGGCGGCGAGCGGCCGCAGCAUCGACGUGGGCGACAUGCUGAUGAUGGACAGGUUCCUCCGGUGGCAGGCCACGCACAACCGCUCGUACCCGAGCGCGGGGGAGAGGCUGCGGCGCUUCCAGGUGUACCGCGACAACGUGGAGUACGUCGACGCCACCAACCGCCGCGGCAACCUCACCUACCAGCUCGGCGAGAACCAGUUCGCCGACCUCCCCCGGGAGGAGUUCCUCGCCAGGUUCAUGUCUUACGAUGGCGACGAUCGCACCGAGGGUGAUAAUACGGUCAUCACGACGGCCGAGGGCGCCGACGCCAACAUGUGGUCGUCUGGCGGCGUCGAUGUCUCCUUGGAUCCGGCCAGCGUGGACUGGAGGGCCAAAGGAGCCGUGGUGCCGCCCAAGGCGCAAACCUCAUCGUGUUUUAGCAGCUGGGCGUUCGCGGCGGUGGCGACGAUCGAGAGCCUCCACUCGAUCAAGACGGGGAAGCUGGUGCCCCUCUCGGAGCAGCAGCUGGUGGACUGCGACCAGUACAACGGCGGCUGCAACCGCGGCUCCUUCCGCAGGGCCUUCCACUGGGUGCACCAGAACGGCGGCCUCACCACGGAGGCGGAGUACCCGUACACGGCGGCGCAGGGGACCUGCGACACCGCCAAGUCCGACCACCACGUCGCCGCCAUCACCGGCCACGCCUCAGUCCCAGGCUCGAAUGAGCUCGCCAUGAAGCACGCCGUUGCCAAGCAGCCCGUCGCCGCGGCCAUCGAGCUCGGCAGCGACAUACAGUUCUACAAGAGCGGCGUCUACUCGGGCCCCUGCGGGACGCGGCUCCAGCACGCCGUCACCGUCGUCGGCUACGACGCCGAUGAGUCCACGGGUGAAAAGUUCUGGAUCGUUAAAAACUCGUGGGGGCAGACGUGGGGCGAGCACGGCUACAUCCGUAUGCAGCGCAAAAUCCUCGGCCCGGGGCUCUGUGGCAUCAUGCUCGACGUCGCCUACCCGACCAUGUCAAUGUGA